AUGGCGGAGGUGGUGCUGCAUAUAUACGAUGUGACGAAUAGUGGAUCGGAGAAGACGAACAGCACCAUUAUGCAGAUCAACAAGAUCUUUAAGGACGGUAUUGGCCUCGGCGGCAUCUUCCACAGCGCCGUUCAGGUUUAUGGAGAAGAUGAAUGGUCAUUUGGGUUUUGUGAACAAGGAAGUGGUGUUUUCAGUUGUCCUUCAGGAAAAAAUCCAAUGUACACGUAUCGCGAAUCCAUCGUCCUUGGGACAACAGAUUGUUCAAUCUUUAAGGUCAAUCAAAUCUUGAGGGAGCUUAGUAGAGAGUGGCCUGGGUAUACUUAUGACUUGUUAUCAAAAAAUUGCAACCACUUCUGUGAUGAGCUAUGCGAAAGACUUGGGGUGCCAAAGCUUCCAGGCUGGGUUAAUCGCUUUGCACAUGCCGGUGAUGCUGCAAUGGAAGUAGCAGGAAACACAGCAGUUCGAUUGAAACAAGCAAAGACAGAGAUUGUAUCGGCGAGCAAAGUUGCUUAUCGUUUCCUUGUUGGCGUCACUAACAACAUAGGUUCUCCUGAAGCCUCUGGAAAUUCAAAUAGAGGAGCCCCUAGAUUGCAAGGAGCUUGGUUCAAAAACCUAAUCACUACAGGAGCCAAACCGUCUAGUAGUUCUGAAUAUGAUAGUGAAGAGAAUGCUCUUAGGCCGCAACAGCAGACAGCUUCUGAUUUGCCGCUGCCACAACCUUCUCAACCAUUGCACAAUGGUUAG